AUGGACCGCUCUAACAGCACCGCGUCGACAUCAUCUGCGGCCUCUUCACUGUCGCGUGGCACAUCUAAAACAUCAAAUACUGGGUUGGCUGCAUAUCAGGAGCGUCUACUUGAACGUACACUAUCAGGCAGGCCUGGGGUUCAGAAUACUCAGAAUAGGGGUAUAUUUGCGUCACCAACGGGCGGACCUACCCCUACGAGAAGAUGGGUACCAGCGCAUAGAGUAAGUGCUAGCGUCGAUACUGCGCGCGCAAGAUGGGAUUCCCGCGGCGAAGAUCAGCAUGAAGGCGAAAUCACUCCGAUCCAAUCGCCAACGAGGCCGAUGUCCUCCGCAGUUGAGGACAUUAUACGCCGUAAUACAAGCACACGAAGUACGAGUUCAGAGUCUUCUCUUACGCAGCUACACUCUACCGAACCUCAGCCCCCGGCAAUGGACGAUUCUCACCCCCCACUUCAAAGGCCUCCGUCUAGGACUGUGGAAGAUAUUUUACGACGGCGUGAUCUUCUCAAAGAUACUGUUUCUGAAUCUCCUACUCGAACUCACACCUACCUCACCGAAGCACCAAACACACCACCCUCACCGAGCAACGCAGCAUUGCAGACAGCUUCGAUUGUUUCUCGGCCUCGUGAUACGCCUUCGUUUGUGAAACGACGGACCCUUCCAGCACCAAUUGCCGUAUCUUCAUACUUGCCAGAGAGCCAGCCCAAAUCACAUCCGGUGGCUUCAGAAUCAAAUUCUUCAGCGCCAGCAUCUGUCUCACCCACUAGGACAAGAGGUCCUGAGCGAACGGAAGUUGCUACUCUUGGACGCACAUUCAGAGCACCGUCCUCCAUUUCGCGGACCAAUGCCGAGCAACCCUCGGAAACCGCCACCCUAGGGCGGCGCUUCGGUAUAAAUGCAUUAUCAAGCAAUGCCCCAUCAGACUCAACUACGAUACAUUUCCCACCCACGAACGAGCGACUAGGGCCCGGUCAGCCAGCCGAACCCCCUGAGAGAGUUAAUACGUUGGGGCCCCGACGAGGCCGUUCUCAAAGCGUAGAUGUUCUUGCCCAAGCCGAAGCUGCUAGAAAAAACUAUACGCCGGAGCCGAAUACUCCGAUGUGGAUACAUUCUCGUGGAAGCUUACGGAGGACCGGAGGACCCUCGUCCUCAUCCAAAGCUCCGACUCCGGAGUCUCAAUCUCCGGUUCCUCCGCUAUCGCCCUCCAAGACCGGAGAGGAUGCAGCGCCCCUAUCUCCUGUCAAGUCCUUUCAGCAGAUCGUUAUUCCACCAUCACCGGUCAAAGCUGGAUUUACACUGCCCUCCCCUACUAAGCCCGGAUUCGAACUUCCCGCUCUAGAUAGACUAACACUUGAUGAAUCUGGACAAACCGCCGAGAACAAUCCCGUUGGUGGUUCAGCCACUCUCAAGCGAAACAAAUAUGGUACUGGUCUUUCUGCCGGGGGCCGGAGGCUUGGUCGGCAUCUUCCUCGUAUUGCGAGUGGUGACGGCGGUGACGAUUGGGACGAACCACGAGCCAAGCCUCCGGAGGUACUCGCACGAGAGAAACGCGAGCGUGAGCGAGAGGAAAAGCGAAAGCAGCUGGAGGAAAAGAGGGAGAGGGAGCGAGAAGCUCGAGAGCGCCGACGGACUCUGCAGGGGCAUAACAUAGAAGAAGAAUUCCCACCGGCUCUCCCUGCAUCCGCCGCACUACCGCCACCAAGUACUGCACCGGCUGGUGUUGAUGACGUAGCUGGGAUACCUGGUCGAUUGCGUUUUACUCGUGAUACAGUACCCAUGCCAAGUUCAAGAUUGAUAGGAAAUUGGGCCGAUUCUCAGCGCAAACAUCUUCAAGCGUAUGAGUACUUGUGUCAUGUAGGGGAGGCUCAACAGUGGAUUGAGGGAUGUCUAGGCAUGGAACUUGGGUUCGGAGUUGUAGAGAUGGAUGAAGGUCUAAGGAAUGGUGUUGUGCUUGCGAAGCUGGCCAAGGCGAUUGGAGAGGCUGGCGAGGGUGAUGUUGUCCGAAGGAUAUUUGAGCACCCAAAAUUGCAAUAUCGUCACACAGAUAACAUCAACUACUUCCUUGUGUUUGUUAGAAACGUCGGUUUACCACUGAGCUUCGAGUUUGAUACCAUAGAUUUGUACGAAAAGAAGAAUAUCCCAAAGGUUAUAUAUUGCAUUCAUGCACUCAGUCAUUUGUUGUCCCGUCGUGGUAAAGCGCAACGCAUAGGAAAUCUACUCGGACAACUUCAGUUCUCGGACGAUCAACUCGCCGAAACGCAGAAGGGUCUAGCAGCGGCCGGGGUGAACCUACCCAACUUCAAAUCUGUGGGCAACAAACUUGCACAGGAAAUAAACGAAGAACCAGAGGUCGAGGUGGAGACCGAGGACGAACGACGAGAUAGACUAUUGCUCGAGAACGAGGCUUCAAUCAUUGCUUUGCAAGCUCAGGCACGUGGAUAUCUGAUCCGAAGACUCCAAGAGGCUCGUCAAUCACAUCUUCGACUCGCAGAAAGAUCUCUUAUGAAACUUCAAGCUCGAGGACGCGGGUUUUUGCAGAGACAAAAGAUGUCCGAGGCUCGCAAGCAACAGGCAGACCUAGAUCCUUGGAUUCGUGCACUGCAGGCUACCAGCAGAGGUUGGCUCGCCAGGCGUAGUCUGCGAUCUCGCGUGGUUCGCGUACGGUCCGCAUCCGAAUUCUCGGUCAGGAUUCAAGCCCAAGUUCGAGGACUUUUGGAGCGUAGACGAUAUAUGCGUCUCAAAUCUGCCUUGCGUUCAAGUAAAGUAUCCUUUGUUGGACUUCAAGCCUAUGCCCGCGCCAAGAUUGCGCGACUUGCACAUCAUGAGGCCGUGAAGUCUCUGCACGAACCAGUUGUUAUGCAUGGGGUAGUCGGACUUCAGGCGACAUGCCGAGGAGUUUUGGUUCGAAUGCGUAUCUCUCGAGAACUUUACAACUAUGCUUUGGCCGAGUCUUUGUUUGUCGGCCUACAAGCACAUGUGCGAGGCUUGCUCGUUCGAAGACGAAUCGGCCGUCAACUGAAGAAACUAGACGAUGCCACAGAUGUAGUUGUCUCCAUUCAGGCCGCUGCUCGAGCUUUCUUGGCUAGGAGGGAUCUGUUGUCAUUGAUUCAUGGUCUGAGAAAAGCUGUGCCUUUUGUUGUCGGUCUGCAGGCGCAAGCCCGGGCGAACCUGGCCCGGAGGAGACAUAAAGCGAUGACUAAAGCUCUCGGAGAGGUCAAAGUUCUUACGGCAGUGGGAGGACUCCAGAAUUUGGCUCGAGCUGCACUGACCCGGCGCAAGCAUCGUGAACAACAAAAGAAACUAGACUUUUGCCAGCCCAAUGUCGUCGGGUUGCAAGCUGCUGCUCGUGGUGCGCUUGUGAGGAAUUUCUUCUGGGCCUGGCGCGAUUAUCUGCACGGCAGCCAGCCGGAAGCGAUUUAUCUUCAGUCGUUGCUGCGCGGGGCCUUACAACGGCGCAAAUUCCGCCAGAAGAUGCAAUAUUUCCGAGACAAUUUGGACAAGGUUGUUAAGAUCCAAUCCCUCUUCCGGGCCAAAGAGCAGCGAGAGCAGUACCGUCAAUUGACCAUGGGCAAGAACGUCAACGUUGGAACGAUCAAGAACUUUGUCCAUCUGCUUGAUGAUUCGGAGGCAGAUUUCGAGGAUGAGAUCAGGGUAGAAUGGAUGCGAAAGCAGGUCGUUGAAGGAAUUCGGGAGAAUCAAUCUCUUGAAACGGAAGUCAACGAGCUGGAUACCAAGAUUGCUCUCGUGGUCCAAAACGUAAAAACCUUUGAAGAAUUGAUUAAAGCACGUCGUCUGGGGACGGAUUCUUCUGCGCUCCACGCAACUCGUGCCUCGGUCCUUGCUGCCCAUGGUGAUCCGUUUGCGGCUACUAAUGCGCUAGACCAACAGACUAUGCGCCGACUGGAACUCUAUCAACAACUUUUCUACUUACUUCAAACACAAGGAGGAUAUCUUGCCCGUCUUUUCUUCUCCCUUUCAAGAAGCAAGGUCCCGGAGAAAAACAAACGGACGGUGGAGCGAGUUGUUUUAACACUUUUCGGGUAUGGCCAGGAGUCAAGGGAGGACUACUUGCUACUGAAGUUGUUCCAGAUGUCGAUAGUGGAAGAAGUUGCGGCCGCCAACUCUGUUCAAGAAGUAAUUCAAAGUCAUCCGAUGUACCUGUCCGUCGCUAUCCAGUACAUCAAGCAUAAACAGACAGCCUAUAUUCGGGACACUCUCAAAACCAUCAUCCAAGAAGUCAUCGGAAUGGACGACCUCGACCUAGAGACCGAUCCAGUUGCGAUCUACAAGACCCUCAUAAACCAGGAGGAAAUGCGCACUGGGCAAAAGAGUGUCUACAAGAAAGAUGUUACAACCGAGGAGGCUAUGCAGCACCAUGCGACUCGAGAAAAAUACAUCCAUCACCUCCAAAAACUUCAGUGGCUUUCGGGGAUUUUUGUUCGAACAAUCCUGGGCUCAACAAGGCGCAUGCCCUAUGCCAUGCGGCUAUUGGCCAGAGAAAUUCUGGCCGCCUUGAAGUCACGCUUCCCUGACGAGCAAGAACCUACCUACGCUAUUGCACUUGGUCGCUUGAUUUACUAUCGAUAUAUUAAUCCUGCCAUCAUUACUCCUGAAACUUACGAUGUCGUCCCAACUACCAUCACUCCUGCCGCUCGCCGCAAUCUUGCCGACAUAUCCAAGGUUCUGACUCAGAUUUCAUCUGGGUAUGAAUUUGAGGUCGCAAACCUAGUAUCUAUGAAUGCGUUUGUGGCUGAAAACAUCCCGUCCAUGGCUGCAUGGUUCCUCGAAGUGGCUAACGUGGCUGAUGCUGAGACAGAAUACCACGCUCACGAAUUUAUCGACGUAACCCUCCAACCCAAGCCGGUGUACAUUUCUCCCAAUGAGAUUUACGCUAUGCAUGGGAUUCUCACUCAGAAUGUGGAACAAGUGGCUUCUGACAAGAAUGAUCCUAUCCGGGCCGUCCUGACGGAAUUGGUCGGGCCCCCGACAUUGAGCGCCACUGAUGAGCUGAAAGACGCUCGGGAUCGUGCUGUUACACUGGAACUUUCCAACAGAUUUGCUCAAGUAAAGGAUCCGCUCGCCGAGGAGAAGGCCAUUUGGGUACAAGCCAAGCGCGGUGUAUUGGCUAUAUUGCGUGUGCAACCUGCCAAGGAUCUGGUCGAAUCACUAAUGAGGCCUGUCACUGAUAAUGAUGAAUAUACCUGGGAAGAUAUCGUUGACAAGGAACUCGUAACCGAUCGUAUGCUUCAAAAACGACGAUUGCCUUCGCAGGGAGCGCAGGACUCUGCUUAUCGGUUGGAAGAUAUCAGAACAUUAUCAUUCCGAGAAGUCAAGGCUCGCGCCAUUCAAUAUUUAUUGGAGUUGGAGAAAAGGGGCAAGGUUACUCGUACGGAUGGUUAUCAAGGAAUUCUGAACGCAAUCGCAAACGACGUACGCAGUAAACAUAGAAAACGAGUUCAGCGUAAACAGGAAAUGGACAAUAUGCGCGAGGCAUUAAACCACCUGAAGGAGCGAAAGCGUGCCUUUGAGGAACAGAUAUCAAGCUACCACAGUUACAUAGACUCCGCAAUGAACACGAUGCAGCGCGGAAAAGGGAAAAAGCGAUUCGUAAUGCCAUUCACCAAACAAUUCUUCCACUUGCGCGAAUUGCAACGAACUGGAGGAGAGCCUCAGUUCGGAUCGUACAAGUACAGCGCACAAUAUCUAUACGAACGAGGAAUACUCCUUUCAAUCGAUCGCUGUUCUCCUCGGCAGUUCGAUCGCAUCGAUAUCGUCCUUUCAUCCAAUGAAGUCGGAAUUUUCACGAUCCAGUUAAUUAGAAAUCUUCCAGGCGCAUCCGAGGUCACCGAAGAUAUACGCAUGGAAGACUUGCUGCAGGCUCAGUUCGAGAACAGGGUAUCUCUUUCGUUAUACGAUGGCUUGGCCAAAUUCAACAUAAACUUGCUUUUGUAUCAAAUAAACAAGAAAUUAUGGAACGGGAUGCUUUUUAUCCACCAGGGAUAUUACCGGUCUGCGAUUUUUCGUUUCAAGAUUACAUUUCCUUCAGACUAUCCAGCAAGGCCACCCGUUGUUCAGUUUACAACUGAUGUAUAUCACCCAUUAGUCUCCACUAAAGAUGGGAUAUUCUCUUUAGCUCCGCGUAUACCUGACUGGAGCUCUCAUGAACAUAAUGUGUUCCAUAUUCUGCACUGGAUCAAAGCUUCAUUCAAGAAGAGGGCACUAGACGGACUUGAUGAAGCGUCUUGCCUCAACAAGGACGCCUUCAGGAUGUAUAAAGAAUCAACCUCGUCGUUUGCAUCCCUGGCGGCCCAAUCUGCUUCACUAUCUCAAUCUUCGUCUGCUCUCUACGGGGAAAAUCGCGAUGCAAGUGACACCGGCAUUCUUAUGUUUUCGCGAACGAGUAGUUCUGAUCUAAACAAGCUUCGUUCAGAACUUGGCCUUACUUCCUGGGCUUCACAACCAACGGCCUGA